GUUGGGAUUCCAGCAGAAAGAACUGGAGGAAGGUUCUAGAAGUCUACCGUCAGAGACCAGAAGAGUUUCAGUACUACAGCCACAAUGGUGAAGGAAACGGGGUUUUACGACGUGCUUGGCGUGAAGCCCAACGCCACGGCUGAGGAGCUGAAGAAAGCCUACAGGAAGCUGGCCCUGAAGUACCACCCGGACAAGAACCCGACGGAGGGCGAGAAGUUCAAGCAGAUAUCGCAGGCCUACGAGGUGCUGUCGGACGCAAAGAAGAGAGAGGUGUACGACCGCGGGGGGGAGAAGGCCAUCAAAGAGGGCGGAACCGGUGGGGGCGGGGGCUUCGCCUCCCCCAUGGACAUCUUCGACAUGUUUUUCGGGGGAGGGGGAAGAAUGCACAGAGAGAGAAGAGGGAAGAACGUGGUCCACCAGCUGACCGUGUCGCUGGAGGAACUUUACAACGGCGCCACCAGGAAGCUGGCGGUCCAGAAGAACGUCAUCUGCGAGAGGUGCGAAGGCCGCGGGGGCAGGAAGGGGGCAGUCGAGCGGUGCCCCUCGUGCCGGGGCAUGGGGAUGCAGGUCCGGCUCCACCAGAUCGGGCCGGGCCUGGUGCAGCAGGUGUCGACGAUCUGCGGCGCCUGCCAGGGCCAGGGCCAGCGCAUCAGCCCCAAGGACAAGUGCAAGGCCUGCGGCGGCCGCAAGAUCCUGCGGCAGAAGAAGAUCCUGGAGGUCCACAUCGACAAAGGGAUGAAGGACGGACAGAAGAUCGUUUUCCAUGGAGAAGGCGAUCAGGAGCCCGGUCUCGAGCCGGGUGACAUCAUCAUUGUCCUGGACCAGAAAGUGCACUCUCUCUACACCAGGCAAGGGGAAAACCUGGUCAUGAACAUGGACCUUCAGUUAGUGGAGGCGCUGUGCGGUUUCCAGAAGCCUAUCCAGACCUUGGAUAACAGGACUCUUCUCAUAACUUCUCAUCCAGGAGAGUUGAUCAGGCCAGGAGACAAGAAGUACAUCCUUAACGAGGGCAUGCCCAUGCACCGGCGUCCCUUCGAGAAAGGCCGCCUCAUCAUUGCCUUUUCGGUGACUUUCCCAAAGGAGAACUUCCUCCCCCCCAAUAAACUGACGGAGCUGGAGCGUUUCCUCCCGAGCAGGGAGGUGUCCAGUGACCCCGAGGACAUGGAGGAGGACCUCUACAUCUACGCUGACCUGGAGGACUACGACCCGUCACGGCACCGGCGUUACUACGACGACAUGGAGGACGAGGACUACCACUCGGGCGGAGGCGUCCAGUGCCACACCUCCUAGAGCUGCGGGGUCCUGCGCCCCCCCC